UGCACUAACAAUACGACGAGCAGGCAUGAAUAGUUGAAAUGGUGUGGAAAGCAGUAAUAAAAGAAUUGUGGGCGUGUCUGAAGUUUUGACAGAUGCUAAAUUUGGCAUAAUAAUCUGUAAAGGUUACAAUUGUGAGGUAAUACGGGGUCUUGCAUUGAAAAAAGAAGAGAUUAAACGUGGGAGAUUAUAAGAGAGUGAUGUUGUUAAAAUGAGCUGACAGACUGCCUGACUGACACAUCAAAAACAAGGAAAUCCUCGCGCGAGUAAUGGCGAUUACUUCAUCACUCUCGCGUAACUCCUGCUAACACAAACCAGCAUUGCAGUUUGUUAAUUCUUCUCAUAUUGGACCUGUGGAACCUGCGUAGCCAUGUCAUCCAGAGUGUUGCUACGGCAACAGCUGAUGCGGGAGCAGGCACAGGAGCAGGAGAGGAGGGAAGCACAGCAGCAGGCAUCUGUCGCUCAGCUCCGACCCACAGAAUCUACUCCAGCCAUCUCCGUCACGGUCCCACCCAUGGCUGCCCGCCCUCCUCCAGCUCAAGUACCAGUGGAAGUUCUGAAGGUGCAAACACAUCUUGAAAACCCAACUAAGUACCACAUCCAGCAGGCUCAAAGGCAGCAAGUAAAACAGUACUUAUCCACCACGUUAGGCAACAAAGUUGCCACACAAACCCUUGGUGUGUCCCCUGUUCUACAAUCAAGUUCCGCACCUGAGAUGGGACCCUCGGCAAGCAGUGCCCCCAACAGUCCAAUGGCACAUCUAAACCUGGGCUCCAACAAAGAAGAGAUGGAUGAUGUGAUUGAUGACAUCAUUAGCCUCGAGUCCAGCUUAAAUGAUGACAUCAUGUCACUGCUAGAUUCAAGGCUGCAACUUCCAAACACGCUACCAGGCAACCUUCUGGAUGUCUACAGCAGUCCUGGCAUGGCGACCCCCACUAUCACCGUCAGCAACUCCUGUCCUGCAGAUCUGGCUAACAUCAAAAGGGAACUAACUGAUUCAGAGGCAAGAGCCCUCAUGAAAGACAGACAGAAGAAAGAUAAUCAUAAUCUCAUUGAAAGAAGGAGAAGAUUCAACAUAAAUGACAGAAUUAAGGAGUUAGGAGCUCUUAUACCAAAAUCCAGUGAUCCCGUAUACUUAACUGAUAGGGAGAUGCGUUGGAACAAGGGAACCAUUUUAAAGGCAUCUGUUGAUUACAUAAGAAAACUUCAAAAAGAGCAACAGAGAGCCAGAGAUGUUGAGAUGAAGCAGAAAAAGCUGGAACAAGCCAACCAGACCCUGCUGCUUCGCAUACAGGAAUUAGAGAUGCAAGCCCGGGUUCAUGGUCUUGCUACUCAUAUGUCUCCUGGCCUGGGCUCAGACGCUUCAUUUCUUCAGCAACACCAGCAGCAGCAGCAGAUAUCCCAGGCAAACCGGUCUUUGCAACCCAGUGCUGUGGAAAGCCAAGCUCAGACGCUGCUCACUUUGGAUGGGGCCAUGGCACAGACUUCUCCCUUCCUCACAAUAUCUCCUAGUUCUCCGGCUGGGGCGGUUGUAAGCGGCCCUCUUGAUUUGGAUACAUUCAGCUUUGCGGAUCUGGACGACCAUUCGGCUUCCAAUCUUUACUCUGACGUGGGUCUCGGUGACAUUUUGAUGGAUGAGGGGUGCUCGAUGCCUACCGUCAGAUCUUCAGAUCCAUUCUUCUCCCCAGUGUCCCCCGGUGCCUCCAGCAGCAGGAGUAGCUUUAACAUGGAAGAAGACUUGUGACCUAACUGACCAUUAUUUGUGUGUUUGUGCACUCUUAUUCUUGUGUGUGACCUUCAUGUGGCCCCUUAUCUAAAUUAUACCCCUUUUCUGGCUUUGUACUGACCUCUUAAUGAUCAUAUUUAUCGUCUCAAACCAGGAAUCAAUGAUGUCAGAAGCCAGGAGGCAGAAUGAUGUGCUCACCAUUUCCUUUUUAAAAUAACACCCGUAAAACAUAUUAUCCGUAAUUACAUGAUCAUGUACACAAUGUGUCUACAAUUUAACUGCCCAAAUAUUUUGUUACAUAUUUAAAUGCAGCAUUUGAUGUCAUAAUAAUACAGAUUCAAUCACUUUACAUGUUAGUGUAAGAUUGUCUUGGGCACAAUUGAAUGUUACUGUCCUAUUCCCCAUAAUCUUGUGAUGUUUCACAUACAAAUAGUUUCCCAGGCAGUCAAUCCCAAUUUUAUUAAACUUUUAAUUGAUACCUAAACUUUUAGCCUUUUUGUAGCUAAAAUGUAGGAGGUUUGUGCUUUUUGUAGAUAAUUGUUCUAGGCAUAGCAGUGUUGCCAUAAGGGUAAUUCAUGUCAUUGUAUUACGUUAGACGUUGCAUUCAGAGCAUGCAAGUGCAGAUAUUUAAAGUGUGGAGUGAGUAGUCACUUUAUAGACAUUUAUUGUACCAAAGGGAUGUUUCAGAAUUGUGAAAAUAGCAUGGAUAAAGUGGGGACAUUAUUUGUUUUAAAAUGAAAAGGUUUAAGCAAUAUUUACUUGCGUAUUUUAGAAAAGUCUAUUUUUAACACUCUUUGUUGUCUUGACAUACAGCUUAGUUGUUGCAUUUACUACUAACCAACUGUUUUGAAAUAUAUACACCAGUUUAUUGCAGUUUACAACACACCCUUUAGGCCUAACUCAAUUGAUCUUUUUUUAAUGUUACUUUGCAAAACAGAAAUGUAAUGGUGCGGUUGCUCUUCAACCAGGUUGAAGCGACAUACAAAUUUACAGGUGUACGUUUCAAAAGCUACCUCUCUGUAAAGUGCUUUUUUAACCAGCAUUAAUCGGCACAUUUACCUGCAAUUAUGACAUUUUCUGUACCAUAUGUGAAAGAGAGACUUUUAGACAAAAGAUGCAUUAGCUGUCACUGGGAUGGUACCUUUAAAACAGUCUAUGUGAUAGAUGUGUGCCUGCGAGGUAUUAAAUUGUACUCUUUAGGUACAGAUGUGUACUUUUUAAAAAACAUACUGCCUCGGUGACAACUUUUGCACCUUUUGUUUUGGAGAGUGCACAAAUAUUGUUUUAACACUGCCAAAACCAAAUAUAACUUAUUUUGUGAUUAAACAGUGUGAUGACACUCUCAUAUAUGUGCCUUUAGCAUUAAGGAACAAACAUAGUUUAUUUAGAAAUUAUAAAAAAACAAUAAAAAAUGAGUCUUGAAAGUUUGGAAAAGGUCCUUAGUUUCUAGUUGAAUGUAUGUUUAUGUGUGAAAUUACAUAAAUAAAAACACUUUUAUAUAUAAUAUAUUCCAAAACUUGAAUGUUGUAAGUAAGAGAUGCAAUUGCCAUAUUUUUCUAGGCACACAAUUGUGUUUAAUUUAAAUAAAAUUAUGGGAAAUUAUGUAAAUGUACUGACAAUAGUUGGGUAUCUAAGGACUUUUAUUAAAAUUUAUUAAAUUGCCCCCCUCUGCUGCUGCAGUUUUGUUACUUUCAUUAUAUCUGUACUUGAAAGCUGAAAGGGAAACAUCAUGUAUAACAGAAAAUUAUAAAUAAUAAAAAUAUUUUUAAUUGGAUUUUUUCUGGAUUUCAUGUGUGUUGCAAAAAUAAACUAAUGAGAAAAUGGA